AUGCCUCACGCGCGACCCCUUCCCUGUAGCCCAUUGGAACUCGCGCUCUUCCUCACAGGAGGUAUCAACUCCAUCUUCCUCAUCUCGCGGGGAAACAUCACCUUUCAGAAUGUCCAGGCCGGUCGGAACGGUGGCUGCAUUUACCUCCACAAGUACAAAGCCGGGUUUGGUGUGAAGAAGGGCAAUUACAAGAUGACGAUGGCAAGGCUGGCCAAGGACGUCACCAAUUUUACGCUGGCCAGAACCAGAACUCAGUACACGCUGUACUCCAGCAACUACAUUGCCCUUGAGACUGCUUCGCACGCCUUCCGCGGCUGUAAGUCGGCUGUGGGCGGAGGCAUCUUCAUCGAAGGCCAACUCUUGGUCCGUGGGCAUGUGGAGUUCCUCAAUGUGAUUGCCACGAGCGUUCGUGGAGGAGCUGCCGUCAAUGCCAGGAGGGUGGACUUUGAAUCUCCUGUUGCGAUUGCCAAUGCAUCCGUGCCUGACGGUGGAGUCAUCGUCACAUCGAAUGCAAUGAACGCACAGCAGCUUGCCUUCAUCAAUUCACCUGCUCCUCAGAUUCAAAGUGCAACGAGGAUCCAGAUCAACGGCUCCAUCGUGGUCAAAGGUACUCCAGCAAGCAUGUUGGCGCCGACCAGGACUAUCACCAUGCUCUCCUGCGACAAUGGCUUGGAAGGAUACGUUGAUGCCAUCGAAACCGGCUGCCACAGUUGCAGGCCUGGCUUCUUCCAGCUGCAGGGUGGCCCUUCAAUCCAGAAUACAAGCGAAAUCCUGGGCCACAGUUGCAUUCAGGCGCCAGAAGGCACAGAGCAGGAGGACCAAAUCAUCAGGAUCAGGCCCGGCUUCAUGAUUCUGCCUGAGACCCUUUCCCGUAGCUUCCGCUGUCCCAAUUUGAUGGCAUGCCCCGGGGGUCACAUCAUGGCCACCGAGCACUGGAAGGACUUGUGCGAGACCGGCUAUGAAGGUCCGGGCUGCGUGAACUGCCACAAGGGCACUCACGGCCGCGUGUCCAACAAUCCGUUCGCCUGUGCUUCCUGCGCUCGAGGGCCCGUGCGAAAGGUGCUGGAGUGGUCCUGGUUCGUCUUGCAGAACUCAGUGAUCUUCGCGGUUUCAGCAUCAGGCGUGCUUAUGGUGGGUGAGGAGAGCUACAAGAGCACCAUCCUCACUAAUCAGUUGAUGUCAUACGUCACUGUCUCACUGCCAGUCCUGACCGCAGUCAGCUACUCGCGGACGUUUGAGAACUCAGCAGCUCUUAUCCAGGACAUUCUGGAGACUCUGCAGAUUCCCGUGGCCAUCGCAGACUCUGGAGGAGGUGAAGGGCUCUCAGUUCAAUGUUUGCUUGGCUACGUUGGGCUUCGGAAGACCCUUUACGGCACGGACUUUGUGUUUUGCACCAUGGCCCUUCUCCUCAUGGCCGCACUAGGCUUGCUAGUGGACUUUUGGUCGGCCGUGGUGGUGGGUUUCAACUGCUUCUUGCCGAGGAUUUGCUUCUGCCUCGGCAGGCACCUGGUGUGCUACCGCAUGCUUCCGCAGGCCCAGGGUGGGGACCUUGUUUGCGGCUUUGAUGAAGAUGCUACCAUCCCGAAGCCAAUGACGUAUGUGCUCAUCGCUGUAUGCUUCGUAGUCGGCUCCGGCAUGUGGGCUGUGCUCAUCAGGUACCGGAGGGAAAGCUCGAGCCCAGGGGUGAAGUACCUCACCAACGCGUACACGGAGGAGUGUAGAAUGUGGGAAAUCACAGUCUUGCUGAGGAAGAUGACCCUCAUGGUAGUGAAUGCAAUCCUGCCAGUCUCGCUCCACGCCGCACUGCAGAUGGAGUGCAUCACUGUGAUUCUGCUGAUCUCACUUGUCAUGAACCACAAGUACUCGCCCUACGUAUUGAAGGCGUGGAACAACUCUGAGAGCGUCCUGCUCAUCUUGGCCUUGGCCACCGUCACGCUGACCUCCUGCUACAAAGCAAAUGAGCUAGAUUGGGCCCAGAGUGCAACUGCUCAGCAAUCCUUGAUGGUCAUGAUUAUCUUGCUGGCCACAGGACCAGCUGUAUUUAUGGGCAUCCGCAUUACCAUCGCCCUCUACAGAGAGAUCAUGGAGGAUCCUGUGCUGGCUGCGCCAAAGGAGUUGAAAGGCGACGGCUGA